AGAUUUAGGACAAGGGUUCAUCCACAACGCAAACAAUCCAGCCCUUUGGUGCUGUUUGGGAUUUGCAGUUAGGAGAGAGGCAGGACGGGGUCUGGCUUGAGCAUGCUGUACAAACGCUGCCACAUCAAUCAGCUGCAGUAUUAAAAGACGAAAGCAAGCAAAAGACUGAAUGUUCUGUUCGGAGGUGAAAGGGGAGCAUCUUCACCAAAAAAAAUUGGCAUCAAAGGGCGGGGGAAGCCCUUCUUGGACAUCCCCAUCACAACUGACUAUUCUUCACACAAGCAUUUCUUCCCUGUGCAGCUAAGAGUGAAAGAAAGAUCCCUUUGGGCACUGCCACAUCUGGCAGGGAUUUAAAGGCUUAAAAUCCAGCCUUCGCUGCAAUCCACAAUGGCAAAUGAACCAGUGAUUUUGAAUGUUUAUGACAUGUACUGGAUAAAUGAAUACACUUCUACGUUGGGCAUUGGAGUCUUUCACUCUGGGAUUGAGAUCUAUGGCAGAGAGUUCGCCUAUGGAGGGCAUCCCUACCCUUUCAGCGGGAUUUUCGAAAUCACUCCAGGCAGUGCUGUGGAGCUUGGCGAGACCUUUAAAUUCAAAGAAUCCAUUGCCUUGGGCACUACAGACUUUACAGAAGAAGAUGUGGAUAAAAUCAUGGAGGAACUGGGCAAGGAGUACAAGGGCAAUGCCUACCAUCUCAUGCACAAGAAUUGCAAUCACUUUUCAGCUGCUCUGGCAGAGAUCCUGUGUGGGAAGGAAAUCCCCCGCUGGGUGAACCGCCUGGCCUACUUCAGCUCCUGUAUUCCCUUCCUGCAAAGCUGCCUGCCCAAGGAAUGGCUGACUCCAGCAGCCCUGCAGAGCCACAUCAGCCUCGGCCUCCACAAGGAAGAGCAGGGAGACACCACCGACGAGGAAUCCCCGUCCACUUCCGCAGCGGCCUCCGCCUCAGGCCCUUCACGGACCUGCAGACACACAAGAGUCUGAACUGUGCCUGGCUGAGCUGCCCUGCUGAGCCUCUGCCUCUGCUGCCCCAUUGCCUGGUCACUUGCCAUUGACAUCCUUCUCCAAGGACACUGGACAGUCUUGCCUCUCAAGGAGAAGAUGAACACCCUUGCCUCUUUUUUAAAGGACAGCUUGUUUCUCAGCUGCGUCACUCCAGAACUCCAUCAAAGAGUGUGGGGUUUAGGCUCCUGAGGCUAGGUGGUACUCUUUGAUUUUAAAUACACAAAACGAAACAAAAACUGCUGGAAUCAUGGGGAUGUGGCACAGCAGGCCUGAAGGGAAGCCACACGGAGAAGUCCCUUACUUGGGACUCUUUUAAUCCCCUGCCUCCUCCAGCAGUGACCACAAAAACACCUUCUCUCCUGUUUUUCUGAGGUGGCAACUUACCCAUAGUGCACCUCUUUUAAGUACCAAAAUCAGAGCUUACCUUUCUCACCCCAAGACCAGCAACAAGCUCCAGUUAAUUCUCUUAUCUCCUCAGUUUUCUUUCUUUUUGUCAUCACUAGGUUCUAAAAACCAUCUGAAGGAUAAAUGAAAGGUGCUGCCCUUCUACCGCCGCAGAUUAUGAUUAUUAUGAUUAUUUUGUGAGUUAGAAUAUUGUAUAAGAGACCGAAGGACUUGUUACCCUUCAACUACAAUAGCAAAAUUAAUCUAAAAAAAAUAUGAAUGUGUGAGUCUGACUUUUUAUUUAUUUAUUAGAGCAAGUGAGAGGAAGACACACAAUAGUCAAGUUUGUAACUCCUUUCUGAGCAGAGGUUCUCAGGCCUUUAAAUCCAGGGGUUUAAUCUCAGGUCAUUAAUCCAGGAACCUGUGUCCCUCUAUCUGUGGCUGGAUUGUAACUGCCAGUGCAGAGCUAGCUACCAAAACAGAGUCACAGCUCCUAUUUAAGGCUCCGACUGAGGAUGACUGCAAUAUAGUAACUUCUGAGAUAGGCUCUCAUGAAGCCUUCAGCCUGAGCCCAGCAUGGAGCUGUCCUGAAUAUGUACCUAAGUGGAGGCAGGUGCUCACAACAGAACAAAAGCACCACUUAAGACUUUCUUCAUAGGGAAAUGUUGCUCCAUCUGCACUCCCCACACAAUCAGGUCCCAAAUUCAAUCCCUGGCAUAUCCAGGUAGUAAAGACCUCUGUCUAAGACUGGCAGUCAGAAUACACUAUACAGUGGUACCUUAGUUGUCGAACUUAUUUCGUUUCGGGAGUCCAU